CAGACACAGUCGACGAUGGCGGUGGAGACGGCAUCCGCAGCCCAGGAGCUGAUGCUCGACGAGAAUGUGGAGCCUCCAGCGGGCUCAGCGCCGGCGAAAACGUGGCCCCAGUACCUCGCCGCGCUCACCGUGACGCUGAGUUCGCUGUCGGUGGGCACCGUUCUCUCGUGGACGUCUCCCGCCCUGAUGGAGCUCCAGGACGUCAACGCCACAUCGGCGCCCUUCCACGUCACGCAGGAUGAGGGUUCUUGGAUCGGGUCGCUGCUGGCCGUGGGAUCGAUGGUGGGUUCGCUGCCCGCGGGCCGCGUGUCGCAGGUGGUGGGCCGCCGGCCCGCUCUGCUGGGGUUGGCGCUGCCGCUGGCCGCCUCCUGGGUGGUCAUCCUGGCGGCGGGCGGCGCCGCGGCCCUCUACUGCGCGCGCCUGCUGGCCGGGCUCGCCGUCGGCGGCAUCAGCGCCGUCGCCCCCGUCUACGUCGCAGAGAUCGCGCACAGCUCGGUGCGGGGCACGCUCGGCUCUUUCUUCCAGCUCAUGAUCACCAUAGGUGUGCUGUACACGUACUGCGUGGGGGCGGCAGCGCCGUACCACGGGCUCGCGGGGGCGUGCCUGGCGCCUGUGGUGGUGUUCUGCGUGGCCUUCUUCUUCAUGCCGGAGACGCCGUCGCACCUGUUGUCCAAGGGCCGGCGCCGCGACGCGGUGCGCGCGCUGCUGCGUCUGCGGGGCGCUCAGUACGACUACCGCGACGAGAUAGCGCUGCUGCAGGCCGAGGUGGACGAGUCGUCGCGGCGCAAGGCGUCGGUGCGUGACGUGCUGCGCAACCCGGCCGCCAGGAGGGGACUUCUGCUGUCGCUCGGCCUCAUGGCCAUCCAGCAGCUCAGCGGCAUCAACGCCGUCGUCUUCUACACCUCCACCAUCUUCAAGGAGGCCGGCAGCUCGCUGUCGCCAUCGGCGGCGGCGAUCGUGGUGGGCGUGGUGAUGGCGGCGGCGACGUUGGCGUCGUCGCUGCUGAUGGACCGGCUGGGUCGGCGCGCGCUGCUGCUUCUGUCCACGACCGUGAUGGCGGCGGCGCUCGCGGUGCUCGGCCUGCACAUCCACCUCGCCCUGCAGGGCAUCGGCUGGCUGCCGCUCGUCUGCGUCUGCGUCUACAUCGUCGUCUUCUCGCUGGGCAUGGGGCCCGUGCCCUGGCUCAUGAUGGGCGAGCUCUUCAAUCCGGAGGCCAAGAGCAUCGCGUCCGCCGCCUCCGUCUUCACCAACUACCUGCUCGUCUUCGUCAUCACCAAGACCUUCGAACCCAUGUCGAGCGCCCUCGGCACAGCCGUCGUCUACUGGAUCUACGCCGCGCUUUGCGCUGCUGGCGCCGUCUUCGUCUUCUUUCUGGUGCCCGAGACUAAGGGAAAGACCAUGCAGGAAAUCCAGGAGAUGCUAGCCACAGGGAAGACCUCGUGACCCCCAUCUCUUACCUAAGAUUCACGUAGAAGAGCGAACAAGAAAAAGAGUAUCUCGCUGAACGAAUCGUCGUCGUUUACAGGAUGAGCACGAAAUGCUUACUCUCUGUUCUGCGUACCAAGCCAAUACAAAUACACUUGCCAUUAUUUCGUACUUCAUUUCUCCCAUCAGUCGCAUGUCACUUGCAAGUAGGCUGUUUAGGUUUUUUUUAUUGGUAACGCCACGUAGCGCUCUGUAUGAAAGUCACUGGUUGUGCUGUGUGCAGUCUGUGGCUGAUUUGCAUUGUUGUUUGCUAUUGUAGUGUUGGGCAGCUGGAUGUGAACAGCGCGUGGCGUUGCG